AUGAAUCCACAAGACAGUGGCUAUCUUAGUUCUAGUCCAUCGAACGAUCAAAUAUAUUCUCAUACAAAUAAAAAAGUACAUACUAAACCUGAAGAAUCCUAUGUAGCUCUGAUUGCUCGAGCUAUAUUAUCGUCACCAAAUUAUCAAAUGUUACUUGUUGAUAUUUAUGAAUGGAUUAUUCAUCAAUAUCCUUAUUAUGCAACAUUACAAAGUAAAGCAUGGCGAAAUUCUAUUCGACAUAAUUUAUCUUUAAAUGAAUGUUUUAUUCGACAAAAUAAAUCUGAAAGUGGUCGUGGUUAUUAUUGGAGUAUUCAUCCAGCUUCACUUGAUCCUUUUCUUCGAGGUGAUUUUCGACGUAGACAAGCACGUCUUCGAGCAAAACAUGCAAAUAAUUCAUCUAUUGAAUCAAUACCAUGGAUGAUGAAUACAAAUUUAUCAUUUGAUUAUUCAAUGCAUCAAGGACAAACAUAUACUUAUUAA